AUGUCUCCCCGAAAAAUCGCCAUAAUCGGCUAUGGAUUCUCCGCCAAAAUCUUCCACAUACCCUUCAUCCAGCACAAUCCGAAUCUGACAAUCUCGGCGAUCAUUCAGCGAAAUCCGACGCCAGGGAAUGACGCCGCUAAAGAUCAUCCAGACGUCAAAGUCUACAGGUCCGUGGAGGAGUUCUACAAGAGUGAUGGUGAGAGUAAGGUCGUUGUUAUAACUACAAGCAAUGAUACCCACUUCCGUUACUGUAAGGAAGCGAUUGAGAAGGGGAAGGAUGUUAUUGUCGAGAAGCCGCUUACAAUUAGGAGUGCCGAUGCGGAGGAGUUGGUGAACUUAGCGAGGAAGAAGGGGGUUGGGAUUAACGUUUAUCAGAAUAGAAGAUUCGACUCCGACUUCCUUACCCUCGCUAAAGUGCUUCCAAGAGUUGGGGAGCUAGUUUCUCUAGAAACACAUUACGAUAGAUACAGGCCUGAUACUACUCCCAACCCCUCCAAGUCUUGGAAGUCUGUACAAGCACUCGGAAACGGCACCCUCUUCGACCUUGGCGUGCACCUCUUAGACCAAGUCGUUUAUCUUUUCGGCAUGCCCCAACGCAUCUUUGGCGAUGUCCGCGAUGAGCGCGGCUGCAGUGUAACCCCAUCAGCAAUCUGGGGCCAGGAGGGCUUCGUCGACGAUUUCUUCACCGCGACACUAUACUACACCUCCACCCCGCCUCGCAAAAAGCCGUUUACUGUGCGGGUAGAGGCUUCCACACUAUCCUGUCAAACACCACAAUUAAGGUUCCUGCUCAGGGGUGUGGACGGUAGUUGGAUUAAACAUAAUCUGGAUACUCAGGAGGCACAGUUGAUGUCCGGGAGGAUUCCAGGGACAGAAGGGUUCGGUGUUGAGGAGGAGGAGCAUUUCGGGAAGCUGGAGUUGAAGGACGGGAGUGUUGAGCGGACGGUCGCUGAAGUGGGUGAUUAUGGAAAGUUUUAUGAAAAGAUUGCGGAGGGGGGUGUCGCUGUUCCGGCGGAAGAGGCGGUGAGGGUUAUCAGGUUGGUAGAGUUGAUUGGGGAGAGUAGUCGGUUGGGCAAGGUUUUGGAUAUCGCAGCUUAAUGAACGGAACGUUACGGUAUAUUAUGAUAAUAUUAUGUGUCUUUAGGGGUUCCGACUCCGGAUAAA